GCCAUAUCCCGAUGCGUGGCACGCUUAUGACUUAACUGAUGAGAGGAGUGCAAAUUUGGGGCUCCAGAGUUCAGUCCCAUACUUCCAUCCCAUCCCACCCCACGCUCCCUCAAAACAAAAAGAAGGGUUUCAAAUUUCAAUUCAUAACUCACCAAUCCCAUAGCGUCGCCGUUUCUACACCGUCCGAUUUCCAUUCCCCAUUUCCAAUUUCAAUUCCCCUCUCUAUGCCGCCGCUUCCUACGCCGUAAUUUCGUAACGGCGACGCAUCCUCCCAAACCCUAACCCUAACCCUAACCUCCCCAUCUCUCCGAAACCGAUAUUUAUUUAUGUUUUCACAAAACAUGAUUCUCCCUCCCGAAAACCCUAGACCCGCGGGGUUCGCUUCCAAACCCAUGGGCAAUGAGAUCGCGAAGCCUCCGCCGUCGAUUCUCGUUGGCCGCUUCAAGGCUCUCCUCAAGCAGCGCGACGAUGAACUCCGAGCCACAUCCGUCCCCGUCCCGCCGCCGUCCACCGACGAAAUCGUCCAGAUUUACGAACUCCUGCUGUCGGAACUCACGUGCAAUUUGAAACCCAUCAUCACCGAUCUCACAAUUAUCGCCGAACAGCAGAGGGAGCACGCCAAAGGUAUCGCUGACGCAAUCUGCGCUCGGAUUCUCGAGGUUCCAGUAGAUCAAAAGCUUCCUUCACUCUAUCUGUUGGACAGUAUUGUGAAGAAUUUUGGGCAGGAAUACAUUAGAUACUUCUCUUUACGUCUUCCUGAAGUUUUCUGUGAGGCAUACAGGCAGGUUCAGCCUAGUUUGCAUUCUGCAAUGCGCCAUCUUUUUGGUACUUGGUCAAAAGUCUUUCCACCUUCAGUCCUGCACAAGAUUGAAGCUGAGUUGCAAUUUUCUCAAGCAGUUAAUACUCAAUCAUCCACCCCGAAUCCUGUCAGGGCUUCUGAAUCAUCUCGACCAAGUCAUGGCAUACAUGUUAAUCCAAAAUACUUGCGGCAGUUGGAGCGCUCUACUGUGGAUAGUGCUAGUAAGACACAUCAAUUUUUAUCAAGCAGUAGCAGGCUUGGAAUAUCCUCGUCGUCCCCUUUAAGAAUUGGAGUUGAUAGGCCUUUGUCUGCAUCUAUAGAUGAAUAUGCAGUGGACAAUCCUGGUGUUGAUUAUGGAGUAGCCAAAGCAUUAGGUAGAGAUGUGGAUUUGACUGAAUGGCAGCGAAAGCUGUAUUCUGGUGAUGGUCGUAAUCGAUUUCCAACUUCUUUUACGUACAGCCUUAGUAAUGGACAUCAGCGUCAAAGUUCAAGAGCUUUAAUUGAUGCAUAUGGCAGUGACAAAAGUCAAGAAACUUCAAACAGUAAGUCUUUGUUAGUUGAACGUCUGGAUAGAAAUGGUAUAGACAAAGUGUUAUCAACAUCAUGGCAGAAUACUGAAGAGGAGGAGUUUGACUGGGAAAAUAUGAGUCCGACCUUAAUAGACCAUAGUAGGAAUAACAGUUUAUUGCCUUCAACUUUUGGUUUCUCUAGGGAAAGGCCUGGCGUUGCAGCUAAUGCAACUUUGUCAGAGCAAGAUACUAGGAAGGGGUGGUCUAGUGGAUCUCAGCUUCCUCCAGUAGAUGAUUCUUCUGCCAUAGCAGAAGAUGCAUUUGCCUCUUCAACUUUUUGUCGUGCACCCCCAGGUCAGGUACCUGGAUCCCAAAAUCAAAUCAAUCAUAGCCUGGGCUCCUCUCAACCUCAUGAUGCUUGGAAGAUUUCUCAUCAUCCGUCUAACAUUUUUAGUAAUAGGGGGCGGGCAAGGAAUCUUAUGAUCCCUCCAAUUGACAACAUUCGCAAUACAGAUAAUAACCCAUAUUGGGUUCGACCUGCAGUGUCGAGGAUGGAAGCUCACCCAUCAGUUUUGCCAGCACCUUUUGAAAUGAGGCCUUCUGUAAAUGUGAAUGUCACUCGGCCACCCAUCAUAAAUCCGUUGCAAAAACAUGUUAGGAGUCAGUUUGAUGCCAUGAAUACUAGUAAUCCUAUUGCGAACCAUGUUGUAAAUAAAUCUUCAUUUAUGCCAGAACAGUCAUUUGACAGUGUUGAGAACAAGGAUGCAAGUAUUUUAAAGAUACAUCAGUUGCCUAAUCAGCUUUCUGGAGUAAUUUCGUCCAACCAGCAAAAUCAUGGGCAGGCACAACAACUACAGUUUUUUCCUUCUCAGGAUCCAUCAACCUCACAAUUUAGUCAUGGGAGUUCAUUGCAGGGACAUGGUGUUUCUAUAAGUACAGCCAUGUCAAAUCCAUUACCAGUUCUACCAUUCCCUUUACCAUUUCAAAGUAUUUCAAAUAACCCUUUACAUUUACAGGGUGGAGCCCAUCCACCUUUACCUCCUGGUCGCCCUCCUGCUCCAUCUCAAAUGAUACCCCAUCCAAAUGCUGGUGCAUUUAUGCCAAGCCAACAGCCAACUGUUGGAUAUACUAAUUUAAUUAGUUCUCUAAUGUCUCAAGGCGUGAUCUCAUUGGCUAACCAGCUGCCUGCACAGGAUUCUGUUGGAACUGAGUUUAAUCCAGAUAUUCUGAAGAUUCGUCAUGAGUCUGCAGUCAAUGCCUUAUAUGGUGAUCUCCCUAGACAAUGCACAACUUGUGCGCUCCGAUUCAAAUGCCAAGAGGAACACAGUAGUCAUAUGGAUUGGCAUGUGACUAAGAAUCGGAUGUCUAAAAGCCGUAAGCAGAAACCCUCUCGUAAGUGGUUUGUUAGUGACCGGAUGUGGCUCAGUGGUGCAGAGGCAUUAGGAACAGAAUCAGCUCCAGGUUUUUUGCCUACCGAAACCAUAGAAGAAAUGAAAGAUCAUGAGGAGUUGGCAGUGCCGGCAGAAGAAGACCAGAAUACAUGUGCAUUAUGCGGAGAGCCUUUUGAUGAGUUUUACAGUGAUGAAAUGGAGGAAUGGAUGUAUAGAGGAGCUGUAUACCUCAAUGCACCUUUAGGAAUAACAGCAGGCAUGGAUAGGUCACAGUUAGGCCCCAUAAUUCAUGCUAAAUGCAGAUCAGAAUCUAAUAUGGCCACCUCUGAAGAUCUUGGGCUGGAUGAAAAGGGUGCCGAUGAAGAGGGUUCCCAAAGGAAACGAAUGCGGAGUUGACCAAUGUAACCAGUUUUGUGCAUUGUAACUUAUGAUUUUCCAUUAGUGUAUCUUAGAGUAGAGUUGAAUCUUGCAAUACCAUGACCAUUCUGCCAAAGUCAUGUACAUGUAUAGUUGGACUGGUAACGCGCAUAUUUUCUUACAGUCAAAGGUUACAUUUUAACUUGAAAUUAUUUUGUCUCUUGCAAUUUUGUCCCCAAAUCAAAAACUAUUAGUACAUUGUUAUUUCUCGGAUGGGGCGCAGGAUUUUAAACUAUGCAGCGAUAUACUAUCAGGUUGAUCAGAAAUUAUUAUACUUGCUACUGAUUAGCUGGUAAUUGGCAUAGAAUUAA